CCCUUUUCCCGCAAUCGUGGCGGGCCCCUGCAAUUUCAAAAAAUCGUCAACUGAAAUCGUCCGAAAACGGUCAAACGAACCUGUUCGUCGCUGCGCUCACUCCAUGAGAUCGCAAUAACGUGCCAUCCGCAACUGCUACUAGCAGUUCCAUAAAAUACACUCAAAUAUGCGGAGAACGUUCCUCAGCACCGGGCCGUCGCGCGCCGUUUACCGCGCGUUCGGCGGCCAACAAUCGCGGCGCACCUUUGCGACGCCCCCCAUCAAGUCCGACACCCCGCCCUCCCCCAUCGAGCCGUCUAAGGAGCAGGCCCACCCGGUCGGACCCUUCUACGAGGCCAUUCUGCGCACCCCGGCGCCCCUGCCGCAGGAGAAGCCCGAAGCCCCGCCGGUAACAUCCAAGACAUCGCCCGCGCAGACGCCCAAGCCGACGCCCAAGCCGGCGCCCGAGCAGCCCAAGCCCGUCCAAGAGAAACCCGCCGCCCCCGCCCCCACCCCCGCGGCCGAGGAAAAGGCUGCCCCGGAGCCGGCAGCCGCCGAAGACAAGAAGCCCGCGCGGCGCCCGCGCAAAGCGAAACAGCCCGCCGGCAAAGACGAGACCAGCCCGAGCUCCAAGGCCAAGUCCGUCCCCUCCUCCUCCUCCUCUCCAGACACCUCCUCCCCCCCACCACCACCACCACCACAAGAAAACCAACCCCAGCCCGAACAAGAACAAACCCCAAAAGAAGAAGAAGAAGCGCGGUCUAACGACUCACCACAGGCCGGCAGCGCCCGCCGCGUCGUCUUCGGGGCCAGCCUAGCCGGGCCGGCGGAGCGGGCGGAGCGGCUGGCGCGGGUGCGGGCCGAGAGCCGCGUGGUGGCGGGCGUGGUGGUGCCCCCGCGGCCCGAGGAGCCCGACAACUGCUGCAUGAGCGGCUGCGUCAACUGCGUGUGGGACCGCUACCGCGACGACGUCGAGGAGUGGGCCGCCCGCGCCGCCGAGGCCGAGCGCCGCCUGGCGGCCGACGAUGCGGGUGCGCAGGUUGGGGUUACCGAGGAUAGUAUGGAGGGCGUGGAGAGGGGCCGGGUCAUGGAGCUGGGCGUGCAUGACGGGGAUGUGGAUCGCGGGGCGGUGGGGGUGGAUGAUGAUGGCGGUGGCUCGGUGGGGAAUUGGGAGGCUGGGUUGUCGUCGUCGCCGCCGCCGCCGCCGUCGGGGAGGAUUGUAAAGGACUUUUGGGAUGAGGAAUUGUACAAAAACGUGCCGGUGGGGAUUAGAGAGUUUAUGAAGCAUGAGAAGAGACUUAAAGAGAAACAUCGGCGGGAAGGGACUGCCGGGGGAUAG